CUGUCGUCACAUCUAGCGUUCAAGGUACAGCCAUUCUUCCUAUUUAACAAGGAAGGGACACGUGCAAAAGUUACCUUGCAGAUUUAGUGCCAUCAUUUGUUUUCGAAAUUGGAACUUUUAAAGUUAUUUUCGACGCUCCGCCUCAGUUCGUUCUUCGACAGGAUGGCAGAACCGCAGCGAGAACGUGAUCUGCUGCCUGAAGAUGUUGCUUCCGAUGACUGCCUGACUUCAUACACGCACAUCUACAGCCCAGAUUUGCUCAAAGAUCAGGUCGCAUUCAUCACAGGUGGCGGAUCAGGAAUUGGACUACGUAUAGCGGAAAUCUUCAUGAGGCAUGGCUGUGACACAGUGAUCGCCAGCAGAAACAAAGACAAGCUAAUAGAGGCGGCCAAGAAGCUGUCUGCAGUUUCAGGGCGUCGCUGCCUCCCGUUGUGCUUAGACGUCAGGCAGCCUGAGAGCAUUUUGGCGGCUGUGGAUGAGACUCUCAGAGAAAUGGGCCGCGUAGACAUCCUUGUCAACAAUGCUGCCGGAAACUUCCUGUGCCCCGCCGCGGCGCUUUCCUUCAACGCCUUCAAGACGGUUAUGGAGAUCGACACCGUGGGGACGUUCAACACCAGCAAAGUUCUGUACGACAAGUGGUUCAAGGAUCACGGCGGCAACAUCGUCAACAUCUCCGCAACGCUUGGAUACAAGGGACAGGCGCUCCAGGUGCAUGCUGGGUCUGCCAAGGCUGCAAAUGAUGCCAUGACCAAGCACCUGGCUGUGGAGUGGGGACCCAGCGGCGUGAGAGUGAACGCCGUGGCCCCCGGUCCAAUCUCCGGCACGGAAGGCUUCCGUCGACUGGGCGGGCCUAGAGGGGAGGCCGGCGGUCUGUUCCAGUCCGUUCCUCUGCGGCGAUCGGGGAACAAGACCGAGAUGGCCCACUGUGCGCUUUUCUUAGCCAGCCGGGCCUCGUCUUACGUGACCGGAGCCGUCUUGGUGGCGGACGGCGGCUCGUGGCUGACCUCGGCCAACGACGUCUCCAAGAUGAUGGGUAUAGCCUCCUCUAAAUCCGCUAAACUCUGAACAGAGCACCCUGCUGUCCUCCUCCUGACCGAGGUUAUUGGUCAUCUGAAAAGAGAGACAAAUAAAAAAAUGAACCAAAAAGUAACAUAUCUACACGCACGGUAUUCGUUUCAGGCUGGCAUGUUGUGACUUAAGUCAUGCAACAAGGGCAAAAAUGCAUCAAGUACUAACAACAAAUGAAAGUGUAAACAUUUUAUUCGACGAGAAUAUUAACGUAUAACAUUUUCAAUAUGAGUUUUGCUACAAACGUUGAUGCGCUUUGCAAAACUCAACGUGAACUCGAUGCCACAACUCCACAAUGCUGUCAGUUGCCUCUGUCCAGACUUUAGGGGACACCCCUUGUUGUUUAAAAAUCCCUCAUGUCAUUAUGCUGUUCAUGGACAGUUCAAAUUAUGAUUUAUGUAUUGCCUACAAAUAAUGUAGCUAUCUAUUCCGGUGAUGUGUAAUGACAGGCGUAGUAUAACAGCUUUAUGAUUUCAGGCCUAGAUUUGAUACCGAGUUAAUUAGCGCAUACGAUGAAGUCAUUAUUUCAGUUUGUAAAUUUCUUGUGACAUUUUUGCUUGAUGGUGAGCUGGGAGAUUUUUUUCCA